AUGUCUACUCCGGAUGACGUACAGACUCGCCCUGCUAUCCCAGAUGACAAGCUAGUUCUAUAUGUCAAAAAAGCAAGUCCAACAUCUACUGCCAAUACUGUGAAGCCAUUGAUGUUGAUCGAGGCGCUUGGCAUCCCUCAUCACAUUCAUCUCAUCACGUCAACAAGCAACGAAACAUGGUUCCAUUCGGUCAAUCCCUACAAAAUGGUUCCAGCAAUGGAGGAUUCAGUGGACAUUGAGUCCGAUAGCUCCACAGAGAGAACAAAUGUCUUUGACAGCUCAGCCUGCCUGACCUUUCUCGCGGAGAAAUACGACACCGAAGGUCUCUACCGCGGCAAGAAUAUACACGAACGAACCGUCAUCAUGAACUGGCUCAUGUCAUACACGGCUGGCCUUGGUGCUACUGGCAAGAUCUGGCUUUUAAUGAAAGCUCCCAAACCAGUUCCCAUUGGAGAGUCUUUGUCGGUGCUGCUCAAGUACAUUCGCACUGAGUAUGAUUUCCUCGAGAGUCGAUUGAGUGAGCCAGGCCAAUUGUAUGUUGCACUUGCCGAUAGACCGACUAUCGCGGACUUUGCUAUUUAUCCUUUAGCAAAUGAGAAGAUCGCAAUAUCUGCUGAGUUGGACUUCACUCAGUGGCCGAAGUUGAAGGCGUGGAGCGAGCAAAUGAGUUCGUUCAAGCCUGUCGCAAGAGCAUUGCAUCGGGUGUCCCGAUUUGGACUAUCGAACGAAGAGCUUGCUCAAUUGGAUAUUGAUGAAAAAAGCAGAUAG